ACCCCCCAACUUAAAUGUUAGAGAUAAAUGGGUUUCUGAAACAAGAUCACAAGACUGCCCUAAGAAAAGAACAACUCUGUAACACCCCUAUAAAAGUUUUCUGUUUCUCAAAUAUGAAAAACACCUUUCUUUCACUUUCAUAGCCCAACCCCCCUUCGUCCUACACUUAUUACUCUUCUCAUCUUUUUAUUAAUAUUAUUUAUUAUCAUUACUUUCUUUUUUUAUUAUCAAUAUUUUUAAAUAUUUUCAGGCAUCGAUAAUUGUGCACACUUUUUCCUUACCCUUCUUUUCUCCUUCUCCUUCUAUUUUACACUUCCUUACCUUUUAAUUUCAGAGAAACAUCCUCUGUUUUUGCUCCUCUUUUUCCUCAGUUCUCUUCAAUUGUUAUCUGUGUUUUUCUUUCUCCAGUGACUUUUAUUCUCCCGCUUCAUUUCAUAAAAAAUGUUAUCUUUCAUGCAUUUUCUGCUAUCUUAUGGGUUAAUUUCAUAUGUUAUAUAAACACCUAAGUAGGUCCAAGAAUUUGGAGAAUAAUUCUCUUAAUUUGUAUAUAUACCCUUAAAAGAAUUUGUGGGUUUUUAGGAUUAUAAAAAAAAAAAUACAACUAUGAAGAACAACUUGAAAGUGAUAAGUUGUGUAAUUUUCUAUCUCCUGUUUUCGUUGAAUGUGUGGUGGUGCAAUGGAGAAACAGAGGAUGUUGGAGCAAUAAUGGAGAAAACAGAGAAAGAAGCUCUAUAUUCUGCAAUUCAAGGUUUUGUGGGUAGUUUGUGGAAUGGCUCAGAUCUUUAUCCUGAUCCUUGUGGGUGGACUCCAAUUCAGGGUGUUUCAUGUGACCUCAUCAAUGAGUUUUGGUAUGUUACUGAUCUGAGUAUUGGACCUCUUCAUGACAAUUCCCUCUCAUGUACCCAAAACCCGGAAUUUAGGCCACAAAUCUUUGAGCUUAAACACCUCAAAUCUCUUUCAUUUUUCAAUUGUUUCGUUUCUCCCAAUAAUCUAUUCACCCUACCUACUAACAACUGGGAAAAGUUAGCUCCAACGUUGGAAUCCUUAGAAUUUCGCUCGAAUCCUAGCCUAGUCGGACCGAUCCCUUCUACUUUUGGUAAUCUCAAAAAUCUUCAGUCAUUGGUGCUAAUCGAAAAUGGAAUUACUGCAACAUUUCCAACAAAUAUUGGCAACUUGGUACAUUUGAAGAGACUAGUAAUUUCUGGGAACAAAUUUUCAGGUCGAAUUCCCGAAACUCUUGGCAAUCUCAAGGAGCUCUUGAUUCUUGAUUUGAGCAGAAACGCACUAUCUGGGCACCUCCCUAUUUCAAUUGGGUACCUAAUUUCACUCUUAAAGCUUGAUUUGAGCAACAAUAUGUUGGUGGGUAAUAUACCAAGUAAUAUAGGCAACUUGAAGAGCUUAACUUUAUUGGAUCUUAGAGGGAACAAUAUUUCUGGUGGCUUAACAAGAUCAAUUGAGGAAAUGGACUCAUUACAAGAAUUGGUGUUGUCUAGCAAUCCAGUUGGGGGUGAUAUUAACAAUGUUGAUUGGCAAAAGUUGCAAAAUUUAAUAAUUUUGGACUUAUCAAAUCUGGGACUGUCAGGUGAAUUUCCAAAGUCUAUGAUCAAGCUGAAGAAAUUAAGAUAUGUGGGUCUUGGUAACAACCAUCUCACAGGGGAUUUGCCUUCAGAUAUAGCAAAUAUGCCUGGUGUUGGUGCAAUUUAUGUUAAUGGGAAUAAUCUGACAGGGGAGCUGAAAUUUUCAGAAACUUUUUAUGGGAGAUUAGGGAGGAGAUUUGGGGCUUGGAAUAACCCGAAUCUUUGCUACACCGGCGGGCGUGCUCUAAUUGGUGUGUUACCUUGCAAAUCGGAGGAGAAAUUAGUAAAAACUAAUUUGAAAUAUGGGUUGGGUGAUGAAAAUGGGAAGUUACUACAACAACACUCAGUUUGGAUCACUCCAAUUACAGAGUCUAACAGCCUAAAUCCAAAUUCUAUAUCCUCUUUGGGAGUGUAUAGCAGUGCAUUUGAUGGGGUUUGGUGGGUUUUCCUGGUAGAGUCAUUUAUGAUGGUUUUCUUAUGGAACUUUUUCUUGUAAUUUAGGAAGAUUAGACCUUUUCACACAAAAAAAAGAAAGUGUAAAAGUAAACGAUUUGAUCCUUUGGUAUCUAUCAUGUCAUAAAUGAUGAAGCUAACUUUAAUUCUCUUGCUACAGAGUAUUGAAGUCAAAUCAAACGAGACGUUUAUAUUGUUGAUCCAUGAGUAGAUUUACAUGCUGUCUUACUUACA